GCAAGGAAGGGAUUCUUGGCUCGUACUGCCCUUAUCGGAAGCUUACCCGGCCUCUCUAGUUUUCCUUUUGGGUAACUCUACCCAAUCCCUGUUGAACGGAAGGACGGGGUGGAACUAAACCGUAGCCACCACCUCCUGUGGAACUAUAACUCCCAGCCAUCAUAGCGCUAUUUUAAGUUCCCACACCUCUACGGGGUUGCUCUACGCACGCGCCUGCGUGGAUGAAACCAGCUGGGUUUUUUCCUGGCGCCUCGUGAUGUUCCACUCAAACCGUUGGCGCCUGCUUUACAGAUGUGGGAGACUGCGGGCGUCGUUUAGUUCACAUUGGUAUCAGAUGCUGCUGAAGCCAAGAGGCUCUGGGAAGCCAAUAGCAGACAGUUCCAGUGAACUAAGCCUCUUGAGGCCCAAAAGAUCACUGGGCCAUGAGGAAAUGGUGAGGCUGCUGGAAGCAUCAGUGGUGCAUGCAGAUGGUGCACUGGUGGCCAUCAGCAAACCCCCUGGCUUCCCUGUGGCGGGCAAACCAGGGGAGCUGACUUUGCAGUCUGUUUUACCAGAUCUAACCCAGAAGCUUGGCCUCCCACAGGAUAUCCAGGUGAUCAAAGCUUCAGGAAAGGAGAGUUCUGGACUUGUUCUACUCUCAGGUUGCCCAAGCACCACACAGCGUCUCCAAGACUUCUAUGCCCGAUGUCGGAGAACAAAAUGUCCACCUGCUACCUAUUGUGCUAUCACUACCAGGAUCCCGGUAGCCUCGGAGGGGGAAAUUCGUACAUGUCUCAAGGAGAUCCGAGUUGAAGAUUUUGAUCUGGUGAUGCCGGUGGCUUCCCCUUCUCGUGGCAGCCUCCAGAGGAAGGAGGUGAAAAAAACACUGACACGCUAUAAGGUGCUGGACUCCCAUGAAGGCUGUGCCUUAUUGCAGCUACAGCCACUGACAGUCUUCCGCAACCAACUCCUGGUCCACCUGACGCUGUUACUGAGCCCUGCACUCGGGGAUCAUGUGUAUUCCUCCCGUGUGGGGACUGUCCUGGGGGAGCCCUUCCUCUUGCCUGCUGAGACUACCCUGCCACGGAUACAGGUCCUAGAAGAUUCUUUGCUGAAGAAGCUCCACCUGCAACAACAACAGGUGCAUCGCUUGCUGCUUCAUCUCCACCUCCACCAGCUCCUCCUCCCAGCUGCCGGCUCAUCUUCCUCCAGCACUGUGCUCACGGCUCCUCCACCACCUUUUUUCCUGCAGACACUUUCUCUCCUGGGUCUUGUCUUACCCCAGGACAAGAACAAGCAGUGACAAGGCAUUCAGAGCAUUUGUUCCAACUCAGUAGGCACCGUCUUCCCAAUAAAGUGGAAGUGUUGGCCUUAACAGCUAGUAGCAGGUCUCUGGGGCGAGAAGGCAGCCUUUGCUACAGAAAGGAAGAACCAUUUUGCCCCCUGCUGGCAAGAUGCUCACAGAGCUGCUGCUGAAGAAUGUAAAAAGGCUUAUAUUGCCUCUGCUGAUCUAACAUGGUAAUGGAAGCUGUUUCAGGGCUUUUGUAUAAUGCCCAAAUGAAGGUAGCUCCAAGGGAAGUGUCAGUUCUAGAGUUUUUGUUUGCCCUGAGCAAUGCAAUCUCAGUUUUAGCCAGCAGUUUUAGCCAGCAGUUUUAACUGUGUGCGCACAGCGGUGCCAUGGCAACAUAAGUCAACAGCUGGCUUUAGGUCCAGCCAGAGAAAGCUAGAUACACCCAACUCCUACUGAAAUCAGUGGGAAUGCUUCGCUCUCAUUAAUGUCAAUUGGAUUUAUGCAUUUGUCAUGUUGUGUAGAUUACACUCACUGCAGCACAAAAACAAUGCACUCAACAUUUAUCCUGCUAGAAGAAGUAGUGCCUGCUCGUUGGAUUGCUUGCCAGCGAGAUAGUGCUAGAGGCCUCUACACUCAAGAUAAUGGCACUGUCCUAGUGGGGUAAUGAGAGACAAGCCUCUCUCAUUUGAUACGUUCAACUUCUAAAUGCAAUUGUUUGUAUUGAAAAAUGUGCAGGGGAGAGGCUUUGGUUUUUCAGUACCACUUAAAAAAAAUAAAUUCUGGCAUAAAGAGUU